UUUUCAUUUCCUUGCAGAGAAAAACCCCUUCCAUUUCCUUUUCCGGAAAGUGUGCCGAACCCCGGCGAACGGCCGCCUGCCCGCCAUGGUGGAGACUCGCCGGGGCUCUGCCGCCGCGGCGGACCCGGGCAGUGGUGGACGCGGCGGAGGGAACGCCGACCGCGGCAGGAUCAAGCGCCCGGCGACGUCGGCCUCCCCGGUGGCCUCGCCGACCAAGCGCGGAAAGGCGGGGGCGGAGGAUGAGGCGUCCGAGCCGAAGGAGCCGCCGGCCGCGGCCGCGGCGGGGAAGAGUUCGGGGCCCUCGAAGGUGAAUGGGACGGGGAAGCCGUUGCCGCAGAAGCAGGAGCAGCCGGGGGCGGAGGAUGAGGCGUCCGAGCCGAAGGAGCCGCCAGCCGCGGCCGCGGCGGGGAAGAGUUCGGGGCCCUCGGAGGUGAAUGGGACGGGGAAGCCGUUGCCGCAGAAGCAGGAGCAGCCGCGGCGGCCGUGGGCGAGGUUGCUCGCGCAGGACCCACAGACUGCUCAUGUUCCUAUCUGUGGCAAUGGAAUUUCUGUUGGCAGACGUGACAACUGUCAUAUCUGUUUGGAUGACCAAGCUGCUUCCCGAAAUCUAUGCAUGUUGCGACAUCUUCAGGAAGGAGGUCCUUGUGAGUUAGAGGUCACAGGCCAAAAUGGUUCGGUUGUAGUAAAUGGAACACACAUCAUCCCAGGUGCCAAAGUUCCCCUCAGAGGAGGGGAUGAGGUUAUUUUCGGUCGAGGUGCCAAGCAUGCCUAUAUUUUUGAGCAUCCUCUGAGGGAUACUGAAGUUACUAAUGCAGCGCUGAUUGGUACUCAAAAUUCAGCUGACACUGGGCCCACUAUAUUAGCAUCUGGGUGUAACAAUCUGAAGGGGGCGUUAGUAGAAUCUGCUCCUGAAAAUCAGAGCGAUUUCAGGUGUCCUAAUCCACCAGUCACUUUACCUCCCAGCGGAUGGCAAACCUUUAAGGAUGGGCUGAAACACGGAAUUCUUAACCCAAAUGAUAUUGAUGUAACCCUUGAUCAUUUCCCAUAUUAUCUCAGUGAUAGUACAAAGGAGAUACUCUUGUCAUCUUCAUUCCCACACUUAGAGAAGAAGUUUGGGAAAUCGUUACCAACAAUUCGAUCUCUAAAUCAGCGAAUUCUAUUAUCUGGUCCAUCAGGGUCUGAAAUUUACCAGGAAAAACUGAUAAAGGCACUUGCAAAGCAUUUUGAUGCUAGACUUCUCAUACUUGAUUCUCUUACACUGGGUGAUACAUCUUCCAACAAUGCCAAGAUGGAUGAUGCACCUUGUAGUUCAAGAGAUAUUGAGGGGACAUCCAACAUAAACACUUUCAGAGAAGGGGAUAGGGUCGAGUAUAUUGGUAAUGGUUCCUUAAAUUUGAUACCAAGGGGCCCUGCUUAUGGUUCUCGAGGCAAAGUUGUGCUUGCGUUUGAAAAAAACCGGUUGUCUAAAGUUGGAGUUAGAUUCGACAAUCCUAUCGCUUAUGGUAAUGAUCUUGGAGGUUUGUGUGAGGAAAAUCACGGCUUCUAUUGUCAUGCUUUUCAACUCCGUCCAGAUUCUUCUGGUGGUGAAGAAGUUGAUAGUGUUGCUUUAGGAAAGUUAAUUGAGGUGAUUUCAGAAGAAAGCAAAAGCAGUAAUUUGAUUGUGUUACUCAAGGAUGUAGAGUCAUUAGCCAAAUCUAGAGAAUUACAUGCAUCAUUGAGAAGCGAGCUUCCACGUGGUGUUCUGAUAAUUGGGUCUCACACUCAGGCAGAUGGACGCAAUGAUCAGUCACAUCCUGGAGGAUUUUAUGUUCCGAGUCUACUUAGUGGCAACCAGGCAGUACUUACCAUUGUCCAGAAAACCUUGGGAACUGGAUUGCAUGAGAUAAGCAGGAGUGCUACAAAUUCAGAGGAGCAUCUAAAUAAUCUAUUCCCUAAUAAAAUUUGCAUUAAACUUCCCCAGGAUGAAGCACAGCUAUCAGAUUUGAAGAAACAACUACAACGUGAUACUGAAACCCUUAAAGCUAAAGCCAAUGUUCUUAAUAUUCGCAAGUUUCUGACCAGCAGAGAAAUCGAAUGCAAUGAUCUUCAAGAAUUAUCUAUCAAAGAUCGAUUACUAACUAAUGAAGAUGUGGAUAAGAUUGUCGGAUCUGCUAUUAUUCAUCACCUUCAGCACAAUAAACCCCCAACUGAUGGCAAAAUGAUACUUCAGAUCGAAAGCCUCAAGCAUGGAUUGAAUAUGUUACAGAACACACACAGGGGAAGUAAGAGGUCAAAGAAUGCACUAAAGGAUGUAGUCACGGAGAAUGACUUUGAACAAGAAGUCCUUUCAAAUGUUCUCUCACCUAAUGACACUGGAGUUACCUUUGAGGACAUUGGAGCCCUGGACAAUGUGAAAGAGACGCUGAGGGAAUUGGUUAUGCUCCCUCUACAAAGGCCUGAACUGUUCAGCAAAGGGCAGCUAAGAAAGCCUGUGAAGGGAAUACUGCUCUUUGGACCUCCUGGAACAGGUAAAACAAUGCUUGCAAAAGCGGUAGCUACUGAGGCAGGUGCAAACUUUAUCAAUGUAUCAAUGUCAGUCAUUACCUCAAAGAUGUUUGGAGAAUCAGAGAAAUAUGUGAAGGCUGUUUUCUCUUUGGCUAGCAAAAUAUCUCCUGCAGUAAUAUUUGUUGAUGAGGUUGACAGUUUGCUGGCAAAGAGAGGAAGCCAAGGAGAGCACGAAGCAAUGCGCAAGAUUAAAAAUGAAUUUAUGGUAAAUUGGGAUGGUUUGCGCACUAAAGAGCAAGAACGCAUACUUGUUCUUGGAGCCACAAAUAGGCCAUAUGAUCUUGAUGAUGCUGUUAUUCGAAGGUUUCCUCGCAGAAUAAUGGUUAGCCUUCCUGAUGCAUCGAAUAGAGGAAAGAUUUUGAAAGUCCUACUAUCCAAGGAAACGUUGGCACCAGAUGUGGAUCUUGAGUCAGUUGCCAAUAUGACUGAAGGAUAUUCAGGGAGUGAUUUGAAGAAUCUCUGUGUAACUGCGGCGCAUUGCCCCAUUCGUGAAAUUCUUGAGAAGGAAAAGAAGGAGAAGAGCUCGGCGAUAGCUGAAGGUAGGCCUGAGCCUCCGUUAUAUGGAAGCGAGGACGUCCGGCCACUUCGAAUGGAUGACUUGAAAUCUGCGCUUGGCCAGGUUUGUGCUAGCUUGCCGCCUGAUUCAGUAUCCACAAACCAAAUCGUACAGUGGAACAACGAGUUUGGAGACGGCGGAUCAAGAAAGAAGGAAACACUGCCCUACUUCAUGUAGUUGAACAUAGA